CAGAGCGUCACAGGUCCGACACUCGGCACCACCAUCCCCCCGCAUGCUCAGCACUGCUGCGCAAUAGAAAACAUGGCGGACAGAUGCUGAGCCCUUACAAGAAAACACGCAGAAAGACAACAAAUCUUAGCAUCAAGUGGACUGUGUUGUUAAGGGUUGAAUCAGUUUUGUUUGAGCAUGAGGAAACCAGGACAGCAAAAAGUUAUUGAGUGGAAGGAUGGGCGACGAAUGAAGCAUGCUCGUAGCGGUCGACCAUCCCGGGUCCCUUCCCAGUACCAAGGGCACUUCAGCUGGGAGAAGUACCUGAAGGAGACGGGUGCGACGGCUGCACCUGCAUACUGCUUCAGACAGAGCACAACUCCUCCAGUGAAUGAGUUCAAGGCAGGCAUGAAGCUGGAGGCGCAGGACCCUCGAAACACCACAUCCACGUGCAUUGCCACAGUGGUUGGUUUGACAGGCUCUCGACUGCGCCUGCGCCUUGAUGGCAGCGACAACAAGAAUGACUUCUGGCGCCUGGUGGAUUCUUCUGAGAUCCAACCCAUUGGGAACUGCGAAAAGAAUGGUGGAAUGCUACAGCCACCACUGGGAUUCCGUCUUAAUGCCUCCUCUUGGCCUAUGUUCCUGCUGAAAACACUGAAUGGGGCAGAAAUGGCACCAGCACGAAUCUUCCACAAGCAGGAACCCCCAGUCCCAGAGCAGAACUUCUUCCAGGUGGGAAUGAAACUGGAGGCUGUGGACCGCAAGAACCCACAUUUCAUCUGCCCAGCCACUGUGGGAGCUCUGCGGGGCGUAGAGGUGCUGGUCACAUUUGAUGGCUGGCGGGGUGCCUUUGACUAUUACUGCCGUUAUGACUCACGGGACAUAUUCCCCGUGGGCUGGUGUGCCCUCACUGGGGAUAACCUACAACCUCCGGGAACCAAAGUUGUGCUGCCCAGGAGCCUGGGCACACUUCCCGAUGGAAACGUGGAAGGCUCCGCCAUGCAUCCCGUGACAGCAAAGCCCCAGGGACAGAGAGGCCGGAAGCCAGGCCGAAGAAAAACAAAGCUGCCCUCACCAUGGACCCCUAAGGGGGCCUGUGACGGGCUUUCGGGUGGGCAGAAUGCCAAGGAGGUGGAGCCUAUCAGGAUUCCCAAAAAGAGAGGCCCCAAGCCAGGCAACAAGCUGGGGUGGGCAAAGAGGACCGCCUGGCUUGAAGGGCAGAUAUCAGGGCCAGGACGCCCCAUCACAAGGCCCCGGGGGAGGCUCCCUGCUAGCUGGACCCAGAGGGCUGCUUUGCAAGCCGCUCAGGGAGAUCCCCUUAAAAUUCCCAAGAAGAGAGGCCCAAAACCUGGCAGCAAGAGAAAGCCCCGCGUUUUACCCAACCCUGUGCCCACGUCCCCUACUAGCAGCACUCCAGAGCCGGAUACCAGCAGCGUUCCCCUGGACAAUGCCACCAUCCCCAGUGCUGCUCUGCAGGCGCCUACAGUGUGUGUGUAUCUGAAUAAGUUUGGCAAGACGGGCCCUCACCUGGACCCACGGCGGGUACAGCAGCUGCCAGACCACUUUGGCCCGGGCAGGGCCUCCUCAGUACUGCAGCAGUGUGUGCAGGCCUGCGUGGACUGUGCCUACAACCAGGGUGCUGUCUUUGUUUGCCUCAAACCUGGCCAUGGGGGCGAGGUCAUCUCAGCAUACUUUGACCAGCAGCACCACACACUCACCCUACCCACAGUCAACAGCGUCACCUAUGUACUCCGCUUCUUGGAGAAGCUCUGCCACAACCUCCACAGUGACAACCUGUUUGGCAGCCAGCCCGUCCCCCUCGGGGCUUUGCACUAUGACAGCCAUAGCUACAAUGACAGGAGGAACUUUGGGGAAGGGCUCCUGUUCGGACCAGGACGGGGCGCCAAGCGUUACUUCCAGCACUCAUACAACAGCCCCGUCUCCAACAAGCUGGCCAAAAGCCUACGUAAUUCUUCUGAAGCUGAGACUUUCAUCCUAGAGAAUGGGAGUGGUGCAGAGCACCUAGAAUCGUCUGUGAUGGCCCCAGGGACACCAAGUCGCUCCUUGGCUCUACACUCUUUGUCUCAGAGCGGUAGCCCCCCAAGCAAACUGCUGCGUCUGAGCUCUGCAGGCUCCGAGCGCUUCCUGGCCAACCGAGACAGCCCCCGUCCCAGUGGGCAGGACCCCAGUAUGUGGACAGUGGAGGACGUCAUGCAGUUCAUCCGUGACAUUGACCCCCAGCUGGGCCCACAUGCCGACCUCUUCCGGAAACACGAAAUCGAUGGGAAGGCGCUCCUACUGCUGCGCAGCGACAUGAUGAUGAAGUACAUGGGGCUAAAGCUUGGCCCUGCCCUCAAACUGGCCUUCCACAUUGACAGACUGAAACAGGGGCGGCCGUGAUGGACAGUCACGAUUAGCCCCUUGCUGACCCCCUACCAGGAAACUCCUCCACAAGGUAUACGGCACACACUGGUUCGAGAAACUGGUGCUAGGCUUUGGGGUUCAAGGUCAGACUGGCAUUUCUGGCUCUUCAGUUCUCUCCCAGGCCAAUGCCUCACUUUCUGCUUUGUCCCAGGGAACAGAGAAGUGUGACCUUUCCAUGUUACAGCUCCAGCCAUCUGGAUGGUCUGACAGCGUGGCUGAAUUAUUUAUCUCUGUGUUUCAGAUCCCUGGUUGUUUUUUCCCACCUUAUUUUAUAGUACACUUUCCUACCACCUCUUUGCCCAGGACUCUGUUGUCAAGUCCCUCUAUCCGUAUCAACUGUGGUGGCCAUUUUAGGCCUGCAUUUUUAUGAAAUUGUUUUGUUUUUUAUCUUAUAUAUAAAUAUAUAUUUAAAUUUUUUAAUACCCUAGAAAAGGUGGACCCUUUUUUUAUCCUCAGCUGAGGCUGUUGUUUCAGACUGUUACCCUUCAGUGAUAUCCUGAGAUACACACUAACUCCUGUCCUGCCUGUUUGGGAUUGGUUCGGUGACAGCAAUUCCUUUCCAGGGCAUUUUUUUUUCCAUAUGUCAAACUUUAUAUGGCUUGAAGACAUACUGGAUUAAAUACACUAUCAGAAUGUACUGCCAAGGCAAACAUUUUGUUUU